UUGCCGCCAUUACGAGCCGAGCGUGGCCGAGCUUGGCCGACGAUGGCCGAGCGACACGCGGCCGGCUCGUGGCACACUGGAUGGCGCGGUAACAAAGUGGCCUACAUGCCAGUCGCGGUGGGCUCGCUCGGCGAGGGCGAGUACCGCGAGUACCACCACCACUCGCCCCUCCAUCACCACAACCACCAGCCCCACCACCAGCCCCAGUAUGAUUACGGUGCUAUAUACCACCCGAUGCCGGAACCGUACUUUAGGAGGCAUGCUCCGUACUUCGGACAACCAGAUUACAGAGUAUAUGAACUCAACAAGAGAUUACAACAGAGAACUGAGGAUUCGGACAACUUGUGGUGGGAUGCCUUCGCCACUGAGUUCUUCGAAGAUGACGCGACGCUCACACUCACCUUCUGUUUAGAAGACGGACCCAAGAGAUACACGAUAGGCAGGACGUUAAUACCUCGCUACUUCCGUAGUAUAUACGAGGGUGGUGUCUCCGAGCUGUACUACACCAUGAGGCAGCCCAAGGAGUCCUUCCACAACACCAGCAUCACCCUCGACUGUGACCACUGCACCAUGGUCACGCACCAUGGGAAACCCAUGUUCACUAAGGUCUGCACUGAAGGUCGAUUAAUCCUGGAGUUCACCUUCGAUGAUCUGAUGCGCAUCAAGUCCUGGCACAUGGCUGUCCGAGCGCAUCGCGAGCUCAUCCCGCGCCAGGCAGUGCAUCCGCCGGAUCAUGCGGCCUUGGAUCAGCUAGCCAAGAAUAUUACUAGACAAGGGAUCACUAACUCCACACUUAAUUAUCUCAGGCUGUGCGUGAUCCUGGAGCCUAUGCAGGAGCUCAUGUCCCGCCACAAGGCGUACGCGCUCUCACCGCGGGACUGUCUCAAGACGACGCUGUUCCAGAAGUGGCAGAGGAUGGUCGCACCGCCUGAAUCCCAGAGGCCGGCCAGUAAGAGACGUAAACGUAAAGGCAGCGCGGGAGCAAACGCCGCUCCACCCGCGCCCGCCAAGAAAAGAUCACCCGGACCUAACUUUAGUCUCGCCUCACAGGACGUGAUGGUAGUAGGCGAACCUUCCCUAAUGGGCGGUGAAUUCGGUGACGAGGACGAGCGACUGAUCACAAGACUAGAGAACACGCAGUACGAAGGAGACGACUGGCCCGCGCCGCCGCCCGCCUCGCCCGCCAAGACGCCGCCCUCCAACCACUGA